GCUCCUUUUACCACAGGCCGCGGCGCCUGCGCUACCAUGGCGACCGCGCGCGCGCUUACAGCCCGCCUGCAGCAGUGAGGCGGUGAUACGAGCCCCGGCGCCACGCCGGCGCUGAGUCCCGCCGGCUGUGCCUGCCCGGGCCCUGAGGCCUGACUGCUGUGGGGUCCUCCGUCACCCUGCCCCGGUUAAAGGCAGCCCGAGGCUCCUCUGCAGGGAGGAGUUCCCGAGGUUUGAGGGGCUCCGCUGCUGAGCUAGGAACUGGGGCGACAAAGAAGAUUAUGACAAAGCCUCCUCCUGCAAAGUGUGCCCCGGCCUGCGGGCCCAGCGCAGAAGCAGAUGGUAGCAUCAGCACCUGAUAGGGACGUAGGGCUUUGGGAACAUAAAGGUUGUUGUGCUCCCAAAGGGCGGGGCCCCCAGGGAGGGCUUCUUGAAAGAGGUGAAGUCCGGAAGGUCCGAGUGAGGCUGCCAGAGAGCAGAAAAGAUUGGUGCGUUCUGGGCAUGCGCAGGUACGUGAAAGUAGCCAGUUAAAGAGAGCGGGGAAGCGGGCAGGGCCAGAUCUACCUGUGUUACCCAUAGCCCAGGGGUUCCAUCUAGAUCCUGCUGCUCCUGGCACAGAAUGCCAAUCACUGAAACAAUGAGAAUUACCAGGGAAGAAGGCUUUAAUCUGAUGCUGCAGCAGAGGAGAUGAGAGAUCAGUCUGAAACCUAUCCCCCCAACCAACUAGAAUUAGGGAUUUACACAGUAAGAAAGAAAUGUAGGAAAUCAGGAAUUAGGGAGGGGUAGGGAAGAGGAGUUGGUCAACAGCUAUCAGGUGGUCGCUUAGGCGAUCAUGAUGGGUGAGGGGUCUGGUGUCUCGCUGUCCAGAUGUGAUGAUCUGAUUUUGAAUAUUUGAACGUUUCUUCACAAUAAUGUCAAAAGACGUAAAAUCAGUAGAACGUUCACCUAAAAUUCCUCAGAGAAAUGAUCCACAGCAUGUCAAUGAUAGAACAUUUUUCAUCAAUGCCUCUAAUCAGAGCUUGACUGCCAUUCCGUUGGAGAUCUUCGCAUUCACAGAAUUAGAAGAAGUGCAUUUAGAGAAUAACCAGAUUGAAGAAAUUCCCCAGGAGAUUCAGCGUUUAAAGAACAUAAGGGUCCUUUACCUGGACAAGAACAACCUGAGGAGCCUGUGCCCGGCUCUGGGACUGCUGAGCAGCCUGGAGAGCCUGGACCUGAGCUACAACCCCAUCUUCUCCUCCUCCCUUCUUGUCGUCAGCUUCCUCCGCGCCCUGCGUGAGCUCCGGCUCUACCAGACCAACCUGAAGGAGAUUCCCGUUAUCAUUUGUAAAAACCUCCACCACCUGGAGCUGCUCGGACUGACCGGAAACCAUCUGAAAUGUCUGCCCAAGGAAAUAGCGAAUCAGACGAAGCUGAGGGAGAUCUACCUGAAGCGAAACCAAUUUGAAGCUUUCCCCCAGGAGCUCUGCGCUCUCUACAACCUGGAGAUUGUUGACCUGGACGAGAACAAAAUUGGUGCCAUCCCAGAAGAGAUCGGGCACCUGACGCGACUGCAGAAGUUCUUCGUGGCUUCUAACAACCUCCGCGUUCUGCCGGCGUCUCUGAGCCAAUGUAGCCGACUGUCAGUGCUCGAUUUAUCCCACAACCUUCUCCACUCCAUCCCGAACAGCCUUGCUGAGCUCAGGGAGAUGACGGAAAUCGGGCUGAGUGGGAACCGCCUGGAGAAGGUGCCGCGCCUCAUCUGCAGUUGGACCUCGCUGCACCUGCUCUACCUGAGAAACACCGGCCUGCGCAGGCUGCGGGGCUCCUUUAGGCGCCUGAUCAACCUGCGCUGCCUGGACCUCAGCCAGAACCAUCUGGACCACUGCCCACCACAGAUCUGUGCGCUGAAGAACCUGGAAGUCCUGGCACUUGAUGACAAUAAAAUAGGGCAGUUACCUUCAGAAUUGGGCUCACUUUCAAAACUGAAGAUACUUGGAAUAACAGGAAAUGAGUUCCUUUCCUUUCCGGAGGAAGUCUUUUCUUUAGAGUCUUUAGAGAAAUUAUACAUUGGGCAAGACCAGGGAUCCAAACUUACCUAUGUGCCAGAACACAUUGGGAAACUGCAGAGUCUCAAGGAGCUAUAUAUAGAGAACAAUCAUCUGGAGUACCUGCCCAUGUCCCUGGGGUCAAUGCCUAACCUAGAAGUUCUUGAUUGCCGGCACAAUUUGCUUAAACAACUUCCAGAUGCCAUUUGCCAAGCACAAGCUUUGAAAGAAUUACUGCUGGAGGACAACUUGCUCACCCAUCUUCCAGAGAAUUUGGAUUCCCUAGUGAAUAUUAAGGUCCUGACACUGAUGGACAAUCCCAUGGAAGAGCCCCCAAAAGAAGUGUGUGCUGAAGGCAAUGAGGCCAUAUGGCAAUACCUCAAGGAAAAAAGAGAAAGAAAUAUAAUGGCAACAAAGAUUCAGGCGUGGUGGCGUGGAACAAUGGUACGGAAAGGAUUUGGGAAAUUCAGUGAACUAAUAAAAGCACGAAAGAAAGGAAAGGCAUCUCCAAAAGAUAAGAAAGGAAAGAAGGAUGUAAAAGAAAUACCAGGAAAGAAAAAUAAGAAAUAAUCCUAAAAAUUGAUAAAUUGGGGUAAUGAACCUUGAUGGAUAAAGGCAAAAUAUCUAGCAAUUAGAUGCCUACUACAUUAAAAUUAUUCAUAAAAUUA